GAGGAAGCGCGGUGCGGGGGCGCGGGGGACACCAAGCAAGCUCGGACCCCCUGCCCACGCUGCGAGAAUAAAGGGAAACUCCGGCCGUUUCCAGGCACGCCUGGGAACUAUUCGAGGACCAGUGAGGCGGCGAGCCGCAUAACUAUAAGCAGUAACCCUCCGCUCGAGCCUACAACCGCGGCUUCGACUGCGGCCGCGGCUCAGACCACCAGGGGGAGGAAUCGCAUCGCAUCCUGCGCCCCAGGGCGGCCUCUUCCAACCACGGGGUCGCCUGGAACUCUGGGGACUGUAGUCCCAGGACCGUACGGCGCCAUCUCGCGCGGUGCACCUCGGGAGUUGUAGUUCCUGGCAUGGACGCGGGCAAUGCUUUCAAGCGCCCACGUUGAGUCCUGAAAACUACAACUACCAAAGGGCCACGGGCUCCUGGGCGGUUUCUCCUUUCCGUCGAGUUAAACGACAGGGAUUACUUCUGAGGGAUCACCUUGACUGCCCAGCGCAGCUCUGCCCGAGUCACUUGCGUCCAGCGGUGAUGAGAUGGGGGCCAGCCAGUCCGUGUGCUUUCCCCCGGUCACAGGACCCCACCGCGUAGGCUGUGGGGAUGUGAUGGAAGGCCAGGGUCUGCAGGGGAGCUUCUUUCGAAUUUUCUACCCCUGCCAAGAGGCAGAGGAGACCUCGGAGCAACCCCUGUGGAUCCCCCGCUACGAGUACUACACUGGCCUGGCUGAUUACCUGCGGUUCAAUAAGCGCUGGGGGGGCCUGCUGUUCAACCUGGCCGUGGGAUCUUAUCGGCUGCCUGUUAGCUGGAAUGGCCCCUUUAAGACAAAGGACUCUGGAUACCCGUUGAUCAUCUUCUCCCACGGCCUGGGAGGCUUCAGGACGUUGUAUUCCGCCUUCUGCAUGGAGCUGGCCUCCCAUGGCUUCGUGGUCGCUUUACCGGAGCACAGGGACCAGUCGGCUGCGACCACCUACUUCUGUAAGCAGGCCCCCGAGGAGACCCAGCCCACCAACAAGUUGCUGGAGGAAGAAUGGAUCCCCUUCCGUCGAAUUGAGGAAGGAGAGAAGGAGUUCCAUGUUCGGAAUCCCCAGGUGCAUCAGCGGGCGAGGGAGUGUGUGCGGGUGCUGAGGAUCCUGCAAGAAGUUGCUGCUGGCCAGCCCAUCGACAACAUCUUGCCUGGAGGUUUGGAUCUGAAGACCUUGAGGGGCAGCAUCGACCCGAGCCGGGUGGCCGUGAUGGGACACUCGUUUGGAGGGGCCACGGCUGUCCUGGCGCUAGCCAAGGAGACUCAGUUUCGGUGUGCUGUGGCCCUGGAUGCUUGGAUGUUCCCCCUGGAACGAGACCUUUACCCGCAGGCCCGGGGCCCUGUGUUCUUUAUCAACACUGAGAAAUUCCAGACAGUGGAGAGUAUCAACUUGAUGAAGAAGAUAUGUGCCCAGCACGAACAGUCCAGGAUCAUAACUGUGCUUGGUUCUGUUCAUCACAGUCAAACUGACUUUGCUUUUGUGACUGGCAACUUGCUUGUUAAAUACUUAUCCAGCCACACCCGUGGGAGCCUGGACCCCUACGAAGGUCAGGAGACUAUGGUGCACGCCAUGUUGGCCUUCCUGCAGAAGCACCUUGACCUGAAGGAGGACUACGAUCAAUGGAACAAUCUCAUCGAAGGCAUUGGGCCAUGGCUCACUCCCGGGGCCCCCACCCACCUGUCUAGCCUGUAGGCACAGCUGGCCAUCUGUCACAGGUCACCUGAGCUGUGUCCACGUGGGGGCUGCCCAGGGGCACACGUCACCUCUGUCAGGAAGUGGUCAGCUCCACCCUUUUCCUCAGAUUGAGAGGAUGUAAUCUCACUGCUGAUUGGAUAAUGGGGGGCUUUGAUCUUGGACUUGAUCUUAAACUCACCCUGGGGCUUGGGUCACUGGGGCUUGGCCAGGUGACUUUCUGGGGCCUGCGCCCUCAGGUGUGGGGAAGAAGCUGAGUGCCUGAGGCUGAGUAGGAAGCCUGGGCCCCACCUGCUCCUCCUGCUCCCACCACAGUUGCUUCUCUAGUGGAAGUGCCAAUGCCAGGGGGCCCCCAGCCCCACCUGGCUCUGUCUCUUUCUCGCCCUCAGCCUGCGCCGUCCCGGGCCGCUUGGUGAAGUGGGCACGUGAGCACACUUGCUGGAGUGUGGACAUCCUCAGAUUUUCUGAUCGUUGGCAGGCCUUGCCCCUUGCGUGAGACGUAGUACUGGGUACUUAGCAGUACUGGGCCACACCUGGGAGCCCACACGGAGCCAGCAGCCGUGGUCUCCCAGCGCUGGGCUCCCUCUUCUUCAAGCUCCGAAGCUCCAGAGGUCUUUGGGGCCUUGCCAAAAAUGUGUCUCGACAGGAGAAACACACGUAGGUUGAGGUGGGAGUGUUAGGAUCAGUGCUAAGCAGGCCCUUGCUGAAGAGGGAAGGAGGCUGGUUAGUCUGACCCGGGAGGCCUUCCCUGGUGAGGCGUAGGAACACCUGGGUCUCGCCUCUUAACUCUGAUUUGUGAGCUGCCAACCUGCUCAGGGCCAGCGUGCUUUGAUUGUCUGGUCUUUUGGUUCUGAGGCCUUUGCCCCAACUGUAAGUCAGAAUACAGUCCACACUUCCAUUCUGUCCCAUUUACAAUAUUAAUUAUAUCAAUACCAAUGAAAGUUGGAAUGGUCUCUGUUUAAUCUGCAAUAAAGCAAGAUGGGAAGUGCCUGCUC